GCUAAAAUCCCCUACGUGAAGCCUCAAAAUAUCAAAGUUAAAAUAGGAGAUUGCCUCAAUGCCCACAAUGCAAAGCGCAAUCUCCACGGAGUUCACAAUCUACAAUGGGAUCGUAAUUUGGCACAAGGUGCAGCUGCAUGGGCUCUGAAACUUGCAAAAAGCUCCGUGCUAAAGGCCCGUUCAAGUCCAGGAAGCGGUCAGGGAUUCCGUGAAAACACUUAUUACAGAUAUGACUCUCCCCCCGGAAAGGUGUCGACAUGCCGAGCAACAGUACAGGCRUGGUACAAUGAGAAGAAAUAUUACGACUUUAAAAGGCCAGGUUUCAAACCGAAAGCUUCUCAUUUUACUCAGCUAAUAUGGAAGAAGACAAGAAAAGUAGGAGUUGGCAUGGCCGCCGUCACGCUAAAAGGCUCUAAGACAUAUACCUUUAUAGUAGCAAGGUAUUCUCCUCCUGGGAACUUGUACGGGAUCUAUUCUGAUAAUGUGAAAGACUUACGUAGCAAAGGAAAGUGCAGAGUCUGCCCAACUGAUGCAGUGCCGCAUUCUAGCCCAAAAAUAACCGUUUUUAAUUCUGCAAAUUGUCURAAGACWAUCAACGCUAAACGURCUCUGCAUGGAGUGCCUAAUCUUCGCUGGGACUCUUCACUGGCMWYAAAUGCAGCUAAGUGGGCCCUGAAACUAGCAAAGAUUUUWAAGAAAUCGAAUAAGGUGAAGAUGCUGACAAGUCCAGGCAAUGGCAAAAMAUACCGCGAAAGCAGCUAUUGGAUGAAUGCAUCAAUUGGAAAGCUUGGGACAUGCGCAAAUGGUGUUAAAUUCUG